AUGGAUGUUCUCUAUUCAUUAUUGGAUAUUGAAAAACAACAACUUAAUAUGAUAGUAAAAGACCAAAAGUUUACUACAAGUCUCAAUUUUGUAUUGACAAUGAUAACUAAUAAUGUAUUGUUGAUUGAUGAUUGUAAACUUGAUCGAUUCUGUAUAAAUACUUUGUCAAAAAUUGCUCUUAAUAUUAAAUCUCUUAUUGUUGAAUCGGAAUCUAUGGAACGUAUUCUUCUUGCUGCUGAUUAUCCUAAUCUAGUUGUACUUAAAUUCUUCGAUUUCAAUAACAAAACUGCUUCAAAAUAUUUUACAAUCAAGUCACCAUUUCACAAGAUACUUGAAAAACAAAUUCGAGAUCGACAACGUCUCGAUUUAUUAAAAAUUAUUAAAAAAAUUGAUGAAGUUGGUCAUGCUGGUGAUGAUCGACGACAUUCAGAAACCAUUCGUUCUUGUUUAAUUUUAAACGAUUUAUGUGAAAAACAUAAAACAACAUGA